CCUUUCUACGGCCAUCCGACGACCAUCCGAAUCGUUUUACGCCUCCCUGACGGAGGCCACGACAUGCAGUAGACCAGUGCGCGGACGUCCUCGAAGGCCGGGUUGUUUCAGCUUUCCACGUCCUCUGCGACUUCAACAGCUUAUAUAGUCACGCAUUGUCUCAGCAUUACGCGUGAACUAGCCUCUCAGACGAGGGAGGUUUCGGGUUAGAGCAGUCCGAAUAGAAUGAUCGAUUGCCUUUGAGAGUAAGAAGCGUAGCAUUAGCUACAUGUCCUUGUAUGCGUCGUUCUUGCUCUUCGGAAAUGACAAGCCGUCGCCGGGGCGCGCUGUCAAAGAGCCCCCCGUCAACGGCAAUCGCGUCUCAUUCCCCAGCGCGGGUUCAAACCGUUCUUCCUUUUUUCCCGUUCCUGUUCCGGCGAGUGCGAUCAUCCCCCAUCGAUACACCGAUAGAAGCACCCAUCAUAUGUAGAUUCUGGAGUUGCCUAAGAAGAGGGACGAGCGAUAAAGCGAGUCGAGCGGCAUCGAUGCAGCAGGAGCGCACAAGACGCAUCCAUACAGUACUGUACCAGUACUGUACGUCCCCCGCCAAUCUUCCGAUUUGUGGCUUCUUGUCAUCAACUACGUACAGUAUCCAACGAGCAAUGGAGAAUGGUUGUGGAGUCGUUCCGCUUUGUGAGGGAGAUUCCAUCGAUGGAGUCACGUGCCUCCUCUGGCUGGAUUUAAUCCCUCGCGUGUGAUCUCGGCUGGCGCGUGACGUAUACAGACCUAGAGUCUAGAGUGAGACAGAAUGCUGCCAACUGACCACGG